AAUCCAUCAGAAAGAGUUGGAUCAGGCAGCAAAGGGCUGUAAAACCUCCUCUACUUGUGGUCAUACUGGGGCUGGCCACCAUACAGGGAUUCUUCCCAUCCUGCCUGUGAAAGUGAAAAGUKCAAAGGGAACUAAAAUCAUUAAAACAAAUGCUUUUCUGGAUCCAGGGAGCACUGAUACAAUCUGCUCUGAAAGACUUAAUGAACUCAACAUUCAAGGUCGAAAGACUCAGAUUCAUCUCCGGACAAUSGGUCAGAGUAAAACAAUGACAACCUCUAUCAUUAAAGGGCUGGAGAUUUCAGAAAUAAACGGAAGCCAUUUCUAUCAGCUUCCYGUUGUGUUUACACAAAAGGAAAUGCCUGUCUCCACCGACAACAUCAUCAGUGAGGAGGAACUGUCUAAAUGGUCGUACUUAAAGGACAUCAGCUAUCCUCGCAUACAUGCAGGUGUAGACCUACUAGUGGGAACCAAUGCAUCYAAAUUAAUGGAACCUUGGGAGGUGGUUAAUAGUCAGGGUGAAGGGCCCUAUGCAAUCAGAAGCCCCUAGGAUGGGUUG